UUGUCAUCAUGUAUAUAUAACAAAAAUUGAGGUUAAAUCCUUUUUAUGGGUGAUUUUCUAUGGGCAAUAUUUGGAUAAUUUUGGAAUAUAAGGAUUCUCUAAAUAAGACCUGUUGCAAUCAGAGGUUGUAGUGGACUUUGAAGGGCUAAAAACUUAGAACUUGGGACAUUUUAAAGGAAAAAUUUGACUAAAUUAACACCAUGCAAAGGAACCACCGAAGAAGUUAUAUGAACCCUCAAAUGGGCGAAGACAUCUAUUUGGCCCAGUAUUUGGCUAGUUCCACCAGAGAAAGGUUGCAACAGGAAUUGCAAGAGCGAAGGCAACAUCCAUCAGGGCGAUCUCCAACACCGCCCUUACUAAUAUCAUCCAGAGAUAGGCAUUUUUCCGCCUCUGACUCAUCUAAAUCGAAUGAUCGGCGCCGGAUUGUAGAAGUAAUAUCAUCGCCUCCCUAUCCCGGAGAAGACUACGAAAGUUUAGAGAGGAGGAGGCGAAAGAAAAAAGAAAAGAAACACAAAAAAGAGAAAAGGACCAAAAAGAAAAAGAAGAAAAAGAAAUCUAGUUCUAGUGAGGCUAGUGAUAGUGAUUCAGAUACAAAAAAAGCACCCUCUUAUUCUCCAGUGUCAAACGAUAGUCAGAUAGCAUCACCAGAAGUAGGACCGUCUCCGCCUCAACCAUCUUUGACUCCUCCUUUGAGGGUUUAUAGAGAAUUUCAUCAUGCGUCACCCCAUACGCCUCCAAUGCUUGGUCAGCAUAUUAACAGGCCCUUGUCCAGUCAUCACAUGACCAUAGUGAGAGAUGUAAGCCCGCCAAUCAUCAUUGAUGAUUACAGCAGGCAUUCGCCUGUGCCCAGGCCAUCAACACCUGAUCAAGUUCAUAGUAUCCACAGACAUAGAAUCCGAUCUUCUAGACGGAGAGAAGCUCAUAAACAACAUAGGCGAGACCGUAGAAGAGCUAGGGAAGAGAAAGAUUAUUUCAGUCCGAGUUCUUCUAGUAGAAAAAGGAGUCGUUCUACAAGUUAUAAUCGGAGCAGGCAUUAUAGCCCUUCGCCUAACAGUAGUUCUAGAAAUAAAAGACAUAGAUCAAGUUCUAGAAGGGAAAAAAGUCCCAGGCAUAGGCAUAGAAGUCGUUCGCCUCAUUCUAUGAGAGAAAGGCGCAAAAGUCCUUCUCCUCGUUGUAUAAGAGAAAGACACAGACAGAGAAGUCCUUCGCCUCCAUCUAUGGGAGCGUCUCAACUAUCCGAUAAAAUUACUGACACUAGCCUAUUUGCUGAAUUAGUUAAAGACAAGCAUAAAAGAGAACAAGAACUAAAAAAAUUGGAAGAAAAUUUAAAAUCCGAACAGGACAAGAGAGAUAAAAAAGUUACAGAAAGUAUAACAAUAGAAGACGAUGUUGAUUCUAAAUCAAAAGAAAAACAAUCAACUUUUACUAAUGCAGGAAUCGAUGUGGAUAUUGAUAAUAUUCCUAUUCCCGACGCAACGCCUAGGAAGGAUAAUUCAAAUAAUAAAAAUGAUAACUCACCUUCAACACCUCUUACUUUAUCUGAUAAGACCCCAAAUGUUAAAACUAAUGACAUUACAUAUAAAUCAAAAAGCAUUACUAAAAUGCAGUUGCCACCAGGAAUGGAAAACAUUGAGCUAGAAGACAUUGAGUCUCCUCCAAGUAGAACACCUAGCCCAAGCCCUAAAAAGGAGAAAACACCCCCUAGAAAAAAUGUUAGAGAUUUACCCAUGCCACCCGUUAUUCCUGGUACUGAAGAACUUAGCGGUGACGAUGACGAUUUACCAAUAGCAUCUCCAAAACGCAUUUCAAUGAAACUAGACAAGGCUCCAGUGAAAGUAAAACCAGAAUUGAGACGUCCCAGAGUGAUAAAAAGAAGGGCUUCUAGAAAUUUCCAAAUGAGCGGUAAAGAUUGGGGAGAACGUUGCGUGGAUAUGUUUGAAAUGAUAGCUCAAAUUGGUGAAGGGACUUACGGGCAAGUUUAUAAAGCAAAAGACGUGCACGCUAACGAACUUGUGGCCCUAAAAAAGGUGAGACUGGAAAAUGAAAAGGAAGGCUUUCCCAUUACAGCAGUGAGGGAAAUAAAAAUUUUGAGACAAUUAAAUCAUAAAAAUAUUGUCAAUCUUCGAGAAAUUGUUACUGAUAAACAAGAUGCUGCUGAUUUUAGAAAAGAAAAGGGUUCCUUUUACUUGGUUUUCGAAUACAUGGACCAUGAUUUAAUGGGGCUGUUGGAAUCUGGAAUGGUGGAUUUCAAUGAAAUUAACAAUGCUUGUAUUAUGAAGCAACUUUUAGAUGGUUUGAAUUAUUGUCACAGGAAAAACUUCCUUCACAGGGAUAUCAAGUGCAGUAACAUAUUGAUGAACAAUAAGGGAGAAGUGAAAUUGGCUGACUUUGGUUUAGCUAGGCUUUAUAAUGCAGAAGAUAGACAACGUCCCUACACCAACAAAGUGAUAACUUUGUGGUAUCGUCCUCCUGAAUUGUUAUUAGGUGAAGAAAGAUAUGGACCAUCUAUAGAUAUUUGGAGCUGUGGAUGUAUUUUAGGAGAACUGUUCCUCAAAAAGCCUUUAUUUCAGGCAAAUGCUGAAUUGGCUCAACUAGACCGUAUAGCAAAAACUUGUGGGACACCAACCCCUGCUGUAUGGCCUUCAGUCAUAAAACUACCCCUUUUCCAUGCAAUUAAACCAAAUAAAUUAUACAGAAGGCGUCUGAGGGAGGAGUUUGUAUUUAUGCCUAGCUCGGCACUAAGUUUGUUAGAUAGAAUGUUAGAGUUAGAUCCAGCUAGAAGGAUAACUGCCGCAGAUGCCUUAAAGAGUCCUUGGUUGAAGAAUAUUGACCCUGACCAAAUUCAAGCUCCGGCACUUCCAACUUGGCAAGAUUGCCACGAACUAUGGAGCAAAAAGCGCAAAAAGAAUAAUAAGCAAGAGCAACAAGGCAAUUUACCCGUGGCCCCAGUGAGGCCAGUUUUGGUAAGACCAAUAGGCGAAAACGAAGCAGGAUAAGUAAAAUUAAACCCAAAGUGUUUUAUAUUAUUUUAAUUAUUUAAAAAAAAAAAGAAAUUGUUAUAGAGAUGUAAAUAAUAUGGUAAUUAUUUACUUGCCAAAAUUUUAAUUGAUGAAUAUCCUAUUAUGAUUAGCCAGUAUUGCAAUAAAUAAUUACUUUCAAGUUAUCUCAUGUCAAGAAAGAUAAUUAUUUGCAAGGAAAUUUAGUUUAUAUUCGAAGAAAUGAUAUAUUGUGUGAUAUGAUAUUUCCAAUCAAAAAUAUCAAAAAUUUUACUGAAUUUUGAGAACACUGACACUUUUUAAGUGAAUAUUUAUUGUUGUUUGGCAAUGUAAAUGAUUGCCUGAAAAAAAAAUUGUACAGGCUUAUCCAUAUGAAGAUAGUUGCCAAUGAUUUUAAAAAUUAUUAGAUAUAGUUCUAGAGAAUUUUAAUUGUAACUCUUGGGAGUCUUUUUAACAACACACUAGCUUUAUUAUUUAUAAACGAUUUCAAAUUUUUGUAAAAACAUUCUUGAUAUAGGUUUCUGUGUAGAUUAAGGUUCUAUAAUUUUAUUAAACCAAUUUAACAAACAGAAAAAUUACUAGAUUUUACUUGUUUUGUAAGAGAGAAGCUCGAUUGUAAAGUUUUUUCCUAGUCAACAAAUCAAAUUUUGAAGAUAGUCGGUCAAUACUCAGUUUCAAAUUUUUCUUAUAGAUGGCUACUAGAUUUUUACGGGUCCCCUUUUUACAUUUGUUUUUUUUUUUUUGAAAUUUUUGGUUGGAAAAUUAAUUUUUACACAUGAAAAUAGUUGUAAUAAUAUUCUUUAUACAAUAUUAUUUUUUAAUUAAGAGAUUGGUACAUAAUGAUUGAAAUAAUUAAACUUUUUUUUUUGUUUUUCU